AUGGGAUUGUUGCCAGAUCAGAAAGUCACCAACAAACUUCGCCACUAUCAGCUGAUGGCUUUCUGUUUGUUGAUUUUUUGUGUCAUUUUGCUGUUCGGCACGAUAGCAGUCAGUGUCUACUUUUCUUUGUUUUAUCGUGAGAAUAAUGAAAGAGAGCUGAAGCAGUUAAAAGAAAACCAAACAACUCUACUGGAGAUCAUUCACAAGCUGACAGACCUCAACAACACACUCAGCUCAGAAAAUGAAGGGUUGAGGAGAGACAACGAUAAUCAGACAGUCAUCAUUGGAAACCUGACACAGGAAUAUAAAGUCUCAGAAUUGAAGAUCGCAGACCUGACUGACGAAAACAACAAACUAACUGUGGAUAAGCAGCAGCUGGAGACACAAAACCAACAGCUGGAGAAAGAGAAGAACAACUUAACAGAACAAAUACGAAACAUAGAGAACAACGUUACUGUAGCCCAGCAGAUCAUUGUUGCCUACUGCCCAAUAAAAGAUGAAAACAGACAGUGUAAACCUUGCCAAAAUGGCUGGCUGCACCACCAGUCCAACUGUUAUGUAAUCCAUAACGCUGAUCCUGCUGAUCAGAAAACCUGGGAGAUAGCUCGAGAGAUCUGCAGAGCAAAGAAAUCAGACUUGGCUGUAAUAGUUAAUGAAGAUGAAAAGACAUUCAUCAGAGAUAACAGUUAUGAAACAGAAGGACUCACUGGCUACUGGAUUGGACUGAGAGCUGAAGCAGAGAAAUGGAAGUGGAUCAAUGGAAGUUAUCUGACUAAAACAUCCUGGAUGACACAACCUGCUAACAACGGCUACUGUGCAAUUUCUGUCAAAAACCAAGAAUGGAGUUCAGUCAGCUGUGGAAACAAAAACGGUUGGAUCUGCAAAAAGGCGGCUUUAUCUGUUUAAACAGUGAGAAGCCUCACAUGAGAAGGUUACUGGAUACUUUGUAAAGAUUAAUAACAUGUAAGAUCAUAUCAACUGGAUUGUAAAUAUCAAUACAAAGAGUUUUUUAUUCAGAAUAUGGGAUUUUUUUUCUCCAAGCUAUUAAUGUGCUCUAUGCGUGUGUGUGUGCU